AUGUCCCAAAGACCUCAUAGAAUACAGUCCUUGGAGAGUAAUGGUUCCUCAUCUGUUCCUUCUCAUAACCACCGUAUCACCAAUGGCAGAAACCAGCAACGACCAAUAUUAACAUCUGCUUUGAGAAACGGUGACAGUACACACAACAGACAAGAGCAUGACUAUAAUUCUGAUUCCGAUUGCAGUGCAUCAUAUGACUGUCCAGAUAACAUCGAGGAGCACAUUAAAUGGUCUACCGCUAACAAUACCAACAUCAUUCCUAGGGUGCUUCUUCCAAAGCGAACACCAAUCUCACAACUUUCUACGACAUUUUUUGGUGAGCAUCCAAAUCACGAUACCGAGGAUCACAUUUAUGAAAAAAUGCAGAAGUAUGGACUUUUGAAUUGUAUGAAUCGGAUUCUUGUUGAUCGGAGGGACUUACAUGAAAGUCGUGGCAAUAAUAAUAAGACAAGCAAUGCAAAAUCCAAUAAGAAAAGAAAGUACUCAGAAAUAGCACAUACAGAAUUUAAUGCGGCCGAUGGAGAUACGUCUCCAGAAAUUGAUACUGAACUUGCAUCAGUAAGUUCCUGCUUUUUGAAAUCAGGGUCUACAUUUUAUCUAUCGUCCGACCCAGAGGUUGAUCUAAAGUUGAAAUUCGCAAAUGUCUCCAGCGGCAAUCAAAAUAUAAGUGGCUUUUUUCAGAGUAGUUCUGUGAGCAUUCCGUUUACGGCAAAGAACAUUGAUUUUGUACAGUACGAUCUCAGGUGUCAGGAAAGUGGUAAGUUCGGCAUUGAACUUUCGAUCUUUGACAAUAUGCUUAGAAAAUUUUUCUUUCCCAGCUGGCCCACCUUUUUGGUUAAUGCUGAUAGGGAUCGGAAAAUCAUGUAUACAAUGGACAAAUAUGGAUAUUUGGGUUAUGAAAGCCUUGAUAAGAAGAAAAAAUUGAGUCCCAUAAGACACAAAAUAAAAUAUCCCCGGAAGACGAAGUUUCCAAACACCUCCGUAUUUCAUAAAAUUGAAGAUACCUGUGGUAACACUUCAACGACUUUCAAAUUUCUUUCAAAAUGGUUCGAUCUUCCUCCUUUCAAUGAAUUUUUAAAGACCCCUUCGCCACCAACGCCUCCGUACGGGAAACGGAAAUGCAUAAACAACCCAGAGAAUAUGCUUGGAUGCAACCACUGCAUCAACUCCGUACUUAAAAAUUAUAUUCUUUUAGAACUUAAUAUCAAUAUUGAGGAUCUUCUUUAUUUUUCAGGAACCGGUGUUAAAGAGGAACUACCAAUUAUUCCAGAUUUAUUGUAUAAGAAGAAAAGAUGCCUAAAAGAGACAUUGCUAAGGCAAGAACCAAAGGAACUAUUAAGAAGCGUCGUAAGAUAUUGGGAUAGCAGGGGGAUGUCAUAUCCAUUUCGCAAAAACUUUAGUCCUGCACAGCAAAUUGAAACGAUCAUUCAUAAUCAAAUCAGGGAAAGUGAGGAUGAAGAUAUGAUGGAGUUUGAACUGGAAGGUUUGCCAUCAAGUGAUGAAUUCGAAACGGAAAGUUUUGAACCGCAGCGCUCGAGUGGAAGAUCUCGAAGGUUGGAAAAUAUGUUGUUCCAGAGAGAUGACAGAGAGGGUCGCAUUUUUUGUCGCGUGUUUCCAAUUUCGGCCGUGAAACUCUACAAGAAUUGCAAAGAUCAGCCCCUUACUUUGAAGCUAUUAGUUUCGAUUAGUCGAAUAACAGGUGAGGUGUACAUAGUUCCGGGAAAUUUGGAUCGUAACAAUUGGAGUGCCGAGGAAAAUUGUGGCGAAUUAAUUCCUGACUACGAAUCAUUCAGACAGUUGUAUUUAACGGUUUUUAAAUAUAUUUCGUCUAAAGAAGUGAGAUUGUCAGGGGAUCCAAUCAAGAAAUACUUUAUGUCAUUAAGACAGCAGUCGCAGAAGGUUAUGCUUCUAUUAAUGCUAUGUCGCCCAGCUCUUCUUGAUUCAUCAUGGAAGGACAAGCCAGAUGAAGUUAGCCGAACAUUGAAAAAUGAUGGAGAUAAAAAGAACAACUUCUCCAAAGUCGCGCGUAAGAACAAUGGUGAUUUCAAUAAACGGCAUAAAAGAGCAUUAUCUCACGAACAUGAUGAAAUAAAAGAAUCGUACAUGGCCUAUUACAAUGAUAAAGUCAAGCUCGGAUUUGAUCCACACAAGGUACUACGUUUGAAGCCACAUAAUGGCAAGCAUAAAAAAUCGGAAGGAUCACUAAAAGGAGAAUUGAAUCCCAUUGGGUCUACAUAUUCAUUUGAAUUAGCUUGA